AUCCCUAACUGAACCUGCCUCGUCACUUGUCCUUCACCCUAUGCUGCUCAGCUGACAAGAAGUUUUGUUAUGGUGGUGUCUGCUGGACUAGGCCCGUGCGUACUUCGUCGGCUCAGGCAAUUACCUCUCCAGUUGCAGCGUAACAUGUCCUCCUCCGGUUCGACACGGCCCAAACUCCCAGUCUCCGUGCUGGGAACCAUGGCAUUCGGGGGGCGCGCAGACGCGGAGACGAGCGCCGCUAUGGUGCGCGCUUUCUUGGAGCGCGGUCACAAUGAAGUGGACACGGCGUUCAUGUACACAGAUGGACAGUCAGAGACAGUCAUUGGAGGCAUGGGGCUGCCCCAAACAGUGAAAAUGGCCACCAAGGCCAACCCCUGGGACGGGAAGACGCUGAGGCCGGAGAGCGUGCGCUCGCAGCUGGAGACCUCCCUGAAGAGGCUGCGGACGGAGCGCGUCGACAUCUUCUACCUGCACGCGCCACACCACCAGACUCCCCUCGGGGAGACCCUGAGAGCCUGCCAGGAGCUCCACAAAGAGGGGAAAUUCAAGGAGCUUGGCUUAUCAAACUACGCAUCCUGGGAAGUCGCUGAAGUUUACUGCAUUUGCAAACACAAUAACUGGGUCCUGCCCACAGUGUACCAGGGGAUGUACAACGCCACCACUCGUCAGGUGGAGACAGAGCUGCUGCCCUGCCUGCGGUAUUUUGGCAUGAGGUUCUAUGCCUACAAUCCCCUGGCUGGAGGACUCCUCACUGGGAAAUAUAAAUUUGAGGACAAGGAUAGCUCCCAGCCCACAGGCAGGUUUUUUGGGAACAGCUGGGCUGAAGCCUACCGAGCAAGGUACUGGAAAGAGCACCAUUUCCAGGCAAUAGAUGUUGUGCAGAAGGCGCUUGACGUGGUCUAUGGCUCCAACAAGCCCUCCAUGACAUCAGCUGCCCUCCGCUGGAUAUACCAUCAUUCCCAGCUGCAGGGAGAGAUGGGUGAUGGCGUGAUCAUUGGUAUGUCCACCAUGGAGCAGCUGCAGGAGAAUCUGGACGCCUCACAAGAGGGACCCCUGGACCCCGUCGUCGUGGAGGCCUUUAAAAAAGCCUGGGACCUGGUGGCACAUGAGUGCCCCAACUACUUCCGCUAGGGAACCUAACCACACUGCUAAACCUCGGCUCCUGCUUCAUUGAGGAUGGAAUUUCCAUUCCUCGUGUGAUGACCACAAUGCCUACUCUGUUUGUUCCAUCUGAGCUCUCUUAUUGAAACCCUUUAUGGAACUAGUAAUGUGACAUUUGUAAUUGCUAAAAAGCUGGAGUUUUGAGUUAUUUUUAACAGCUGACUUCACCUGAGCUGUUGUAGAAUUACAAGCAACACUUCUAAAUCAUAAAAUUAUUAAUUCAUUGAUGUGCUCGAAUAGCUUAGUGGUUGGUGGUUUAAAACCCACUGGUUUAGGAAGAUAAAAUCCAACUGCUGGGAAAUAAUUAUUCAAGCAUGAGUGUUAAAAAUCAGUAAGAUGAUAAGAGAAAUGUAUUUCAAAUACCAAUUUAAAAUACUUAUUUUUCAUCUAA